AUGAGUGGAUCACCCAGGCGCUAUGGACAAGAUGAGCCCAACCCUGUUUUAAGCAGUCUUGAUCCUCAUAAGUUCACGUCUCAAAUACCUAUUGCUGUCAAUGGAAAACGGAGGAACAGCACUACUUCGGCGAUCGGCGGGAUGGGGUUGACAGAUAUGAUAAACCGAAGCAUUUCAAAAAACAAACCAGAGCCAUUCAGAAGAUCUUAUACUGAUACACGUCGGAGUCUGAUUGGAGAUAGGAAAAGUCUGCGGUCAUCUCAAAGAACGUCACUUUUGUCGUUGACAGGAAUCAAUGGCACUGGGGGUCACAAUGGUAACAAAGAUCCGCGACCACUACGAGAUCGAAACUUUCAAAUUAUUUUACAGCAAGAGAUAUAUGACUACUUGAACUCUCAAAAAUUUGAUAUCGACACAAACCAUCCAAUAUCUUUAAAAUCACUGCGACAACCCACACAGAAAGAUUUCGUAUUUAUGUUCAAAUGGCUUUAUUUAAGGAUGGAUCCUGGCUAUAAAUUCACAAAAUCUCUGGAGCAUGAAGUGUACUCAAUUCUUAAAACAAUACAUUAUCCUUACUUGGAGACAAUAAACAAAUCACAAAUCUCGGCAGUGGGUGGUUCUAGCUGGCCAAAAUUUCUGGGUAUGUUGCACUGGUUGGUAAACACGAAUAAGAGACUCGAUUCAUAUCUUUUGAAGCUGGAUAUGUCCAUUAUGAACCAAAACACUCAAGACCUAACAGUUUUGAAGCAACCAAUCAAUACUCCCGACAAACAGGAAGAAAAGCAGGAAAAAUAUGAGCUCAUGGUGGAGCGUUUAUUCAUCGAUUAUAUUGUUCAAUCUUAUAAAAGCUUUCUGCAAUUACAAGAUGACUACGAACCAUAUCUUAAAGAGAUGGAAGCAGGGUUUGAAAAGUUCUCACAAGUCAUUGAAACGGAUAUAGGUAGUAUAUCGCGACAGAAUGAUCAAUUAUCGGUUAGAUAUCAUGAAUUAAUUGAAAGAGGCGAAGCUUUGAAGACGGCCAAGGAUAAAUUUACCGCUUUGCAAAGUGAUUUGACUAAAUUUCAAAACUAUAUUAAUGGAAUGCAACAUAAGAGCCAAGAAUGGCCAAGGAAACUGCAAAAAAUGGAGGAAGAAAAACUGAACAAAAACUCACAAAUAAAGGACAUGGAGGAAGAAAUCAUCAAUUGUCGUGAACUACUCAAGGAAAGAAACGUAAGCAUCGAUGAAAUUGACAAAAAGGUAAGCGAGAAGGAAAAAAUUUCGAAGUCUUUGGAAUUAGUUUCUACUCAGCUGGACCACCUUGCGAGUUCAGCGAGAAGUCAAAGGCUUGCUGCUGAAAACGCUUAUAGAAACUUUUUAACGGCCGUAGACCAAUAUCGUUCGGCGAUAGAGAGUUUUAUGGCCAUUCGUCGCAACUUAGGGCAUGAAGUCGAAAGCGGCCUCUUUCAACUUGAAAUUCCUGAUAAUCUUUUGGAUGACGACAAACUCGGCCUUGAUACGCGCUCAGUUUUCCAAUCAGGUAUUACCAUUAAUGGGUCAAUCAGAAAUUCACUUUUGUCUUUAAACAGCGAAAUUCAUGAACGCAUCGAGAACCUUCAGAGAGUAAAUGCAUCUUUCGAAACAGAAUUAGACAACUUGAAAGAGGAUAUUAAUGAGAAGACUAAACUGCUGGAUGCUUUAGAAUCGGAAUUGUCUUCUACAAGAUCGGAUUAUGAAGAGUAUAGACAGCAAAGUAGAAGCCAGCUACUCUCUCAGCGUAUUGAAAUCGAAAAAAUGGAAAGGAAACUACAAAACGCAAAAUAUACAUCAAAACAGAAACUCUCAGAAGCUGAGCAAAAAGUUCAAGAUACCAAGCUGAGAUGUGAAGAGCUUAAGUUGACUCUGAACAGGGAGAAGGCUAAUUUGUACAGCAAGGUCAUCAAGGUUAUCGAGUAUGUUAGCAAUUUCAAGAUCAAUGUUCAGUCCUCAAUCGAGGAUCUAGAGGAACUUACAUCUAAGGAAUUGAGUAAUAUUAAAUCUGAAGGUAAAUAA